AUGCAACUAUCAACCAAACAGCCGUAUGAUAGUAUCUAUGAGCCGCUCGUUUGACUGCUCUUAAACAGAAAUCUAAGUCAAAUUGUACGAAAAUAUUGCAUAAAAAAUCAGAAAGGGUGCCGGCAAGGGAUAGUUUCUAUAUAGGGCGUUGGGGAUAGUUAUUGUUGUGGUGUGUGUUAUGUGGUGGACAUUUCUUUCGGUAUUUUAAGCUUACUGAAACGAAUAUAUUGCUAUUUGAAUUUUUUUCUUCCAUUUUGUCAUUUACGAAGUCUCAGAAGUCAGAAUCACGGUGUGUGUUGGUGUGUGUGGCUUUGGCUUAGCUCAGUCGACAGAGUCAGAGCUUGAGCGAUGUUUGAACAAGCCAGGAACGCGGUACGGCUAGAAAACUACCCAGUUCACUUAGCCUGCAGGGAUGGCGAUAUUCAAAGCCUGACUAAAUUUGUUGGAUUACGGCAAGAUAAAAGUGUGCUUGUACAGGAAGAUAACUUUUAUUACUGGACGCCACUUCAUUUUGCCAGCUUUUUUGGACAGCUGCCCGCCGUUAUUGUGCUGCGGGAGGCGGGUGUCAGCGUGGAUCUCACCACAGCCAAGUUUCAGCAGACGGCCGCCCACAUUGCAGCCUUUUCUGGCGCUGACCACUGUCUCAAGUACCUGGUGCACUUUGGAUGCAAUGUCAAUAAACAGGACUACCUCGGCGAGACGCCGCUGCACAAAGCGGCACGCUCCGGGUCGGUGGCGUGCGGACGGGUGCUGGCGGCGGACGGCCGCGCGCUGCCGCACCUGCUCAACACCAGUGGACAGACGGCGGCCGCGCUGGCGGCUGCCUGCGGGCACUCUGAGAUGGCCGCCUGCCUGAGCGAGUACGAGAGCAGCUGCGGACACCCGCGCACGGAUGGCGCCACCGCUGUGUCGCACUAUGUCCAGUUGGCGCCACCGGCGUCCUGCUCCGCCCAGCCGGCCCUGAACGGCGGUCUGGUACCGGAGCAGGCUACCGCCGGCGGACCGUGGUGCUACCAGCCGCCGCCCCACGCAGACGCCGCGGAGGGGAUGGAGAUGGAGGUCUCGGCCGGCGAGCCGGGCCGCUUCACCAUCCGACACGAGCCGUGCGCGGGACACCAGGUGUUCCGUGUCAGUGUCGGCGAGCAGAGCAGCGGGGAGAUAACAAACGGCUGGCAUGGCAACGGCGAUAUCGCCGGCGGCUGCGUGAACGGGUUCGGCAAGAGGAGCUGCGAACAGGCGGCCCCGGAGGAUAUCAAGAGAAGGCGGCUCAUAGAGCACGCGGCAGGGGACAACACGAUGAGGGCCGGCGGACAGUGGGCCUAGUUCGGCGGUCAGCCGCCAGAGGCGCCACGCUCGCGGCUGGUUCCUGCUGCGUCCGUCCGCGGCGCCACCGUCGCGGGCGUGCUGCAGAUUCUCUGAACAGAUGACAUCCACAGCGGGGGCGAACAGGCUGGACAAAGACUGUGUUCUAGGGUAAGAAGCUACGUUCAUUUUUUGCUAGUGCAGCUUGUUUUAUUUUCGUUCUUUCUCCUCUGUGAGGAGCGGUAUGCGAUUCGAUUGUUGCGCGGUAGGCCGCCGUGAUCGCAGAUCUGCCGUCUGGGUUGUGCUGCGGCAGCGAGGGAUCAGAAAGUGUGAUUGCUGGACGGCUAGUUGGUGAUUCGCCGACCGAUAAGCCAACCUCGUGUCAUCAACGAUAGUUCAAAGCUUGCAGUAAUACGCAGUGCGUACGAAAGCAAAAAUGUACUUGUCAAGUUUCUAGAAUAGUUUUAGAACACUGCCCAUCAGUAUGAUAGAGAGCAGGUGACAAGCAGUUCAAAUGUAUGUUUUUAAAGUAGCGGUAGGCUCGUUUGAUUUUUUUUUUUUUGCUCCAUCAUGGAGUCUGUUCUGUACUUACCACCCAAUAACCGUUGUGUGCACCUAGGAAGUGGAACAAUUCAAUCACUGUGACUACAUUUUUAAAGACGGACCGGUUACGAAACCGCUACCUACCUGUCGAUGACAGUAGAUGACGCUUCUGUAGUGCAGACUCCCGCACCAGUAGUUCCCAGAUGCUGUCCCAGUCAAUUCCAAGUGCUUGUUGGGAAUGAUGUCCGGUGCAUUCUGCCUUGCGUAGUCCAGUGAGCUUUGUGUAGUGUAGCUUGCCGUAGAAGCUAGACAAUGUGCACUCUUGAUUCAUGUGGCGAUGUCUGUGUUCAUUGUACAGUUGACUAAAGAAUGCUGCUCGGUUCCUCCCAGACAAUAAGCUGACUGGAAUGGUAGACUGUGCCGCAUCACGCAGACUGAGUGAUGAAGGCUGUCCCCGUGGUCUUGCGCUCACUAAAGAAACGCUUGAUUGCGUUAUACGCGCAACAACCUAGCGUUCCAGCCAACUCCUAGCUAGUGAGGGGUAGAACAUCAUUCUGUAUUCAACUGUACGUUCUUUGGGGGUUAAUGUACAAAACCUUUCAGCGUCACACACUGGGCACCGGUGCCCUUCAGGCCGACAUCCCCCUGCUCUUGGCGUCCCGGGUUUGUGAACCAUGUGAACAGGGCCGGGGGGUGAUCUGUAGUGGCUCUUGUGACCCCAAAAACGCUACAUGACUGACGGGAGAUCCAGUUACGCCCGUUUCUAAUCUUUUGUCCAUGACCGCUCUUCACAUGACCAAAUAUGAGGUGGCAGCUUUGCGUAUCAUUCAAAAUGGCAGCCAAUAAUCCACGAGAUACAACCCAAGUCUCCCUCGUUUUGGUUCUGUUGCUGCCGUCGGGACACCCUUGAAACCAAUCAUAACCAUCAUCAACACUCACCUUCCAUAGUCGCUUGUCUAACCGAGCACUCAGUACAGUUCUGGCAUGACCACCUAUAGUAAUCACAUUUGAAUAAAAAAUGCACGACCGAGUACAAUUAACCAUUAAGUAGAGUGGAUAAUGGUAAAAAGACACACGCACCAUGAUUGACCACUUCCUGUCCUGACUCUAGUACUGUUUUCGUCCAAAACUCAACCGUUCAAAGACACUCAUGGUCGGAUGAACUGUGAUAGUCGUCACAGAUACUUCAGCAAAGUACGAGUAUGCGUGCAUACUGCAUAUCCUACGGAUUUGCGGCUAAUACUUCAUACGAAAUCAAUCUAUCAAUCUGCAAUGCGCACUCACUUGCUGAUGUGUCCACAGUAAUCUUUGUAUAACAUUUGUGGAGGUUUUUAUGAGGUGUAGCGGACCGAUUGUGUUACCUGUUUAGUGUUCAGUUAUCAUGAUUGACCUCUUCCUGCUCAUUUAAAGUGUUUGUGUUAUAUUCGAACUGCUGUAUGACAAUACUUAAUUUUGUUUACACGAAGAAUCAACCAUUCCGUAUAUGCUAGUCCUGUUUUAGACCAACUAAGAACUACUACGCUUGUUGUUUUCUGUAGUUUUUUUUUGUCUCAUGAGGCGCAUCUUCGUGUAGAGCCGCCCGCCCGUGUUAUCUCUGCAUAUGUAUUUAGUGAUUGCUGAGAUUUGACAGUAUAAACAAAUGUCCGAGAAUAAACGAACAUUUCAAUCAUC